AAACAACGACAUUUCCCAAAGUGCAUUGAGAAAUGUGCGGAAAUGGCGUAAUACGUCGUUGUUGUGUCUGAAAAAAAUAUAUAAUCAGUGCCCUUCUUUUUGUUUGUUUUUGUCGCCUGUUUGUGGUUUUAUUUAAUUUCGGUGGAUCUGUGUCACCUUGCUCCGAAUUGUAAAUAUAAAGUGGGAUACCUAAACCGAGCUAAAUCUUUCAUGAUGUCUGAUUGAAUUUUCGUGCUCGAUCUGUGGAACGUCGUUGUUUUUUUUAUUUUUAACAAGUAAAGUCAAUACCAAGCUUUUUUCAGUUUUUGUGUUUGACCUGCGUAGUUCAGUUUUGUGUGUGUGUGAAUAAUGGGUUCGAUAUUAAGCCGAAGAAUUGCUGGAGUUGAAGAUAUUGACAUUCAAGCAAAUUCUGCCUACAGAUAUCCUCCGAAAUCGGGAAACUAUUUUGCGAGUCACUUCUUCAUGGGAGGGGAAAAGUUUGAUACUCCACACCCAGAGGGAUACCUGUUUGGAGAGAACACAGACCUGAAUUUCCUUGGAAACAGACCUGUGCAGUUUCCAUAUGUUACCCCAGCUCCCCAUGAACCAGUAAAGACAUUGAGGAGUUUAGUUAAUAUCAGGAAAGACUCCCUUCGCUUGGUCAGGUACAAAGAUGAUUCAGACAGCCCAGAUGAAGAGAAUGGGAAGCCCAGGAUCCUGUACAGUGUGGAGUUCACCUUUGAUGCUGAUGCUCGCGUGGCAAUCAGUAUUUACUGCCAGGCCUCUGAGGAAUUCUCCAAUGGGAUGGCAGUGUACAACCCAAGGAACCCUGCCCUGGUCUCUGAAACGGUACAUUACAAGAGAGGGGUGAGCCAGCAGUUUUCACAGCCUUCUUUCAAAAUUGAUUUCUCUGAGUGGAAAGAGGAAGAGCUCAACUUUGACCUGGAAAAAGGCAUUUUCCCUGUGGUGAUCCAAGCUGUGGUUGAUGAAGGUGAUGUGAUCGCAGGACAUGCUCAUGUUCUUUUGGCAGCCUUUGAAAAACACGUUGACGGCAGUUUUUCAGUGAAGCCUUUAAAACAGAAACAGAUUGUGGAUCGUGUGAGCUACCUGCUACAGGAGAUCUAUGGAAUAGAAAACAAGAACAACCAGGAGACCAAGCCCUCGGAUGAUGAGAACAGUGACAACAGCAAUGAGUGUGUGGUGUGCCUGUCGGACCUGCGCGACACCCUGAUUCUGCCCUGCCGACACCUGUGCCUGUGUAACUCCUGUGCUGACACCCUGCGAUACCAGGCCAACAACUGCCCCAUCUGCAGAUUGCCUUUCCGUGCAUUGCUUCAGAUCCGUGCUGUCCGCAAGAAGCCUGGGGUCCUGUCUCCUGUAUCCUUCAGCCCUGUCCUAGCACAAACAAUGGACCAUGACGAGCACUCGAGUUCAGACAAUAUCCCACCAGGCUUUGAACCCAUCUCCCUGCUGGAAGCCCUGAAUGGUCAGCGAUCAAUAUCCCCAAGUAUCCCCUCCGCCCCCUUGUAUGAAGAGAUCAACUUCUCUGGGGGUCUGGUGGAAUCUCUCCCCCUCUCUAGCCGGCCGCUGGGCAACGACAACCAAGCCAUGGACAGGAGCAGCAAGUCCCCAGACAGCACACUGCGCUCGCCCUCCUCCCCUAUCCAGGAGGAAGAUGAAGAGAAGCUGUCUGAGGUUUCUGAUGCCCAGCCUCAUCCUCUGAUAGCCAGCAAUCCCAACUCACCAGAGACCACAGCAACAGAAGAUUCUCCGGUCUCUGUCACACCAAAGAAAGUUCAGAGGUCCCGGUCCAUGGAAGAUAUUCUCCAAGACCGCAGCAGUGAGCACAGCAGCCUGACUAAGACCGACAGUGACCCGCCAGUGGAGAUCUCCCUGCCAGCCCUGGGUCCUGACUCCUGCCCAGUUGGUAUUGAGGAGUAACUGGAUCCUCCGAGUCGACAGAGAGCCUGAAAAGCCAGAGCACAAACAGUUCAAGCCAGCCUCUCCUCUCCCCCCCUAGCAGCCUUCACAUCGAGGACGAGCAGCAUGCUUCAUAAACACGGCAGGAACGAUACCUCCCAGGGAGCCUGUCACAAUACCCUGGGUUUUAUUUUCAGGACCUUUCCUUUCAUUUCAAAGCCACCAACAGCAAGGCGCUGUGUUUUAUGAUAACGACAUCAAGCACUAACUAGAAUGAGUACAAACACACAGCAGCCUUUUAAAGGGUAUUUUUAGUUACUGAAGUGUUGAUGCAACAAUGCUGUCUUCAUUUUAGAGCACAGUAUGAUUUGAUUAGGGUUUGAAUUUCCAUCAGUCAGUGUGUGGUUUUUUUCCCUCCUACAUCAAAUUUGUUUUCAAGUUUAAUUGAGUUAUUUAAAAAUAAUAAGUGUGGAUGAGAAAAAAACUUAAUGGAAAUGUGACCUUCAGAUACUUCUGCUGUCAGGCUGCAAUGCUGAAAAUAUAUACACAAGAACUUAUGCUUCCUUAGCUACAGCGCAAUCAGUUUAUUGCUUGAAACAGGUGUAUGCAAGUGUAUAUGCUUUAGUAUAAGCAUUAUUGUGUCUGGUGCAUAUAAUUACUUGCAUUUAACAUUUUAGAUGGCAGUAUCACUGCAUUGAAGUAAUUUACAACAGUAUGUGACUGAUUGAUUUAAUUAACUAAAUGCUCAAUCGUAUGCUUAUUGCUUUAGCUUUAUAAUUCUGUCUCCAGUCACUGAGAAACACAAACAGAAAAUGUUAAUGUUAUUGGUGUUUGGCUCGUCUUUAUCCCACAGAUGAAGCUGGGGCAAUGGUAGUUCCAAAAUAUUUUUGUUUAUUUAUUUAUUUUUUUGAUUUUAUUUGAAAGUCCUUCCUAAAUCCAUGCGUGUGUCUGAAAGGGGAACCAAUAUGUUCCUGCCUUUUAUAAUAAAAUCCAGGUGCUUUCACUCCGUAUCAUACUGAUGAAGUAUUUAAUACUUGAGGCCAGAUAUAUCUUGCAUGUAUCUGGUCAUUCCUAUCAUGUUAGUCUUGUCAUAUACAGACUACAGUACAGUUUCUUUUUAUAUUUAUUUCUGAAAUGAAGUAGCAAACCUAAUUGAUCACUUUUAUUGUACUAUUGUUUGUUUUUUAUACAAAUGAACACUGCAUUUAAAAAAAAAAUAAUUAUAUACAUAUAUACACAUACACACACAUUUGUUAACUGACAAAUAAUGGUUGCAUUCUGGACAGCUUUCAAAGCUAUACCUUUAGUGUAAUAUAGAGAAUGUUGAAAGUGCAUCGGCAGAAACUAGUUUUUAGCACUUUAGUAGAAUGAUGUACUGUAUUAUAAAUAAUAGCACAGUCAGAGACUAAUCAUAAUGGGUGACCCCCUACCAUGUGACUCCAUUAGGGUACUUACUGAACAAUAAUGUUGCUUCCUGCAGGUGUUUAUUUCAGUUGUAGAAAUCUGAUUGUGUGAACAAGCUCUGUAGAUAUCGACAUUGGUUGCUAGCUCAAUUUAACCAUUUCUACUUUCAGAAUACCCAAACCUGAUAAGAUCAGAUCUAUUUAAUGAAUAAAAAGAAAGUAUCCUGCCAAUCUAAGGUAUCUCUUUUGUAAAAAAAAUGUGGGUGUCCUGCUUUUUUUUCCAGUUAGUAUUGAGAAUCUUAAGAUCUAAUCUUACAGUCUAAAAUCUUUAAGAUUUUUUCAUGGAGGUGGUUACUGAACCUUCAAAUAGGUAUAUCUAAGAGAGAUGUAAUAUCAGAUGGCAGAUUUAGAAAUCCCCCCAGAGGUUCCAACUCACAGAUCAAUGCUUGCCACUUAAAGAGCACAUAUCUCAAUAAUAUUAGUGACCUGUUGGUACUUUUUAAUUCUCCAUGUUUAUCAAAUUAUUAAAAUAGCAUUUUAGGAAAUUAACACAGGCUAUGAGAGCAGAGGGGAGGGGAGGGGGGGAUGUACAGUUUGAGCUGUCUGAACAGGUGUGAGUUACCUUUUACACAAGCAAUCAGUGGCCUGCACUUGUAUUUUCCUUGUAAAGUGUGCUAUUAGAGAAACCAUGACUAUGGCCGGGUUAAUUAGAAUGCCUCGAACUGCCACUACAUCAAAAGAAGUAGCAGCGGGCUUUGAUUAGUCUGGAUCAUAGGAAGCAGGUGCUAGAGAACUGCAUGGUUUCCAGAGACCCCCCCUUUUCCCCCCCCCACAUCUUGUAUCAUAUAGAAAAUCACAUUAACUGAUUGACAGAGCUACAGUACCUAUUAAACACAAAUUGUCUGUCUUAAGUAAAGUUAUUUAAAAUAUGUAUAAGGAAAUCCGGUUUCUGGUAGAAAGGCUGUCACCCCCCCCCCCCCCCCCCAGAGCCAGACUGUCGCAUUUAUAAUGCUAUCUCUAAACUGAAAUAUUCAACGGUGCCUCCAUAUCUGAUUCUUACUUGCAUUUGUACCACAUGGAUUUUUUUGUCAGAACAAUGUCUGGUAUUAUGCAUGAUUAUCAUGUGACAAUACCAGACAUUUCCCCCUAAGCACAACCCCCCCCCCCCCCCCCCCUUGGGGUAAAUGUGCAUCUUCAUGUGCAUUUUAGUAUUAUUAAAAUCAACAUAAUGAUCCAACACUGCCUUGUUCUCAAUAUAAAAAUCUUCCUAUAACUAUUGUAGCAUUCUAUUCAGUGAUUGUCGUUCAACUACAUUUUUAGCUCUGGACAGUGAAGCAGUUCUGCUUUAUAAAUAACAUGUACAUAUAUGUAGUGACUUUGAGAAAAAACUUUGUGGAAAUUAUAUGUGAGCUUUAAUUGGCUUAUUGAUUUAUGUAUUUGUAAAACCUUUAUCUAGUUGUUUCCUUAUUGUAGCUGAUACCAGUUUGUUAAUGAAUUUGAUUGUUCAUCACUCAAGGUAGUGUUUGCUUAUUACUAAAGCUUGUUUUUUUUCAGUUUCUACAAGUAUAGUAAUAAAUGAAUAGAACAGUA